AUGACGACCUGUGGCGCCAGUCUGAUCUGUGUGGCGCUGCUGGUGCUGCUGGGAAGCGCCGUCGGUCCCGUGAUCGGCUAUCGGAUACUGGGCAUCAACACUAGCCCCAGCCGGUCCCACGUGAUCGUGCAGGAUGCGCUGAUGAAGGAACUGGCCCGACGCGGCCAUCACGUAACGAUGGUUAGCCCCUACAAGGAGUCGGAACAGGUGCCCAACUAUCGCAAGAUUACCUUGCCACACGUCAUAGGCACGUGGGGAAAAGAUUUCACUGCCAGCACGUUAAGCAACAGCAACACCCGAUUCGGUAUGAUCAAAUCGAUCCCGAUGCUGUUGCAACUCAGCGCCAGCUCCAUCAACGAGACGGUGCGUUCGGCCGAGGUGCAGGAUGUGCUGCGGGAGCCGGAAGGAUACGAUGUGCUCAUCACGGGCCUCAUGACUGACGCCGUACUCGGGGCGGCCACGGACCUUGGCUGUCCAACGAUUGUGAUCUGCCCGAACGCUCCGAUGGCCAUGGUGAACUCAAUGGUCGGCAAUCCGACACCGAUAUCACUGAUACCCAACAUGCUGCUCGGCCUGCCCAGUCCGAUGUCGUUCAGGCAACGGGUCGUCAACGUUUUCGGGUGGUUCGGGGAAGAAGCGAUGGCCUUAGCGUGGAAGUCCUACCAACGAGCGGCUUAUGACGAUCUGUUCCCGGCCGACCGGUAUCCGACUUACGAUUCCGUUCGCCGCAACGUAUCUCUGGUGCUCCUGAACCACCACGUCUCCAAGGGUUCUCCCCGGCCGUACGUGCCAGCGAUGAUCGAAGUCGGUGGACUGCAGAUCAAGGACAAAGCCUCACCCCUGCCCGAUGACGUGCGGCAGUUCAUCGAUGGAGCCGAACACGGUGUCAUUCUGUUCAGUCUCGGCACCAACCUGCUCAGUUCCUCGAUGCCAGCGGAAAAGCUGGACGCCAUCCUGGGAACUUUCCGGACCCUCCGGCAGCGCGUGAUCUGGAAGUGGGACUCACAGGACAUGCCCCACAAACCGGACAACGUGAUGUUGCGCGAGUGGCUACCACAGGACGACAUACUGGCCCAUCCCAAUGUGCGGCUUUUCAUCAUGCACGGUGGCCUCGGCGGCAUUGCGGAGGCCCUUUUCCACGGUGUUCCCCUCGUGGGCAUUCCCAUGUUCGGUGAUCAACCGGGCAACUUGGAGAAAGUCGCACAGGAGGGCUGGGUACGGGUGGUGCAGUACGGGGAGCUCACAGAGCAGACGCUCAGUGCUGCGGUACGCGAGGUGCUCGACAAUGGCCAGUACCGGCAGAACGUGCGGCGUCUGUCGCAGCUGUACCGGGAUCGGCCGCAGACGGCCAUGGACACGGCCGUCUACUGGACGGAGUACGUGAUCCGGCACCGGGGAGCACCACACCUGCGCUACCCGGGGGUCGACAUGAACUUCUGGCAACGCUCGUCGUUGGAUGUGAUCGCGUUCUUGGCCGUCGCCGUUUAUGCGUUCUGCAAGCUGAUCUCGCUCGUGUGCAGAAUGUGUUGCCGGGGGAGUAGUAAAAGUAAGCUAAAGAAGCACUAGAAUCAUCUACGGAGCAGCCGAAAGUUAGGAAUAAUAUUUAAAUUGCCAAUACCUUUGUGUCGAUCGGAAUAAUGAUGAUGUUUGCUGUUGCGCCAUGUUUGCAGACAUUACUUCUCAAUUAUGACUCAAUUACGUAUUCAGCUUUCGUAGGCUACGCAGGCCGUGUGACUCGUUCUUCAUUGCGCGGUUGAUUCGCGUCUACGUUCUACGCUCACACACAGCACAGCAGGUUAAAAUUACCAUGUGAUUGCCAACCCACU